AAGGACGCAAAACCAGAGAAACGAACACGCAACACAUCUCUAUCAUCACCAUCAUCAUCUUCAAUUUGCCCCUUCACCGGACGCGAGCCCGCCCGCGAAGAAAACCCUAGAAAGCUUCAUCAGAAUCCAAUCAAUGAAGGGCCAUGGCGCGAUCGAGGUGGCCAAGACGGUGAUCGAGGUCGCCGACGUGGCGUGGAAAGCGAUCGAGUGCCACCAUCACCACCAUCACCCCCACAACCACGAAGGCGAGCACGAGACCCCUCCGUCCCGGAGGAUGAACGGAGUCCUCCGGUGCGAGAACCGGCGACUGAGGAACCUGCUGGAGCAGAACCUGAAGCUGCUCCAGAACGUCUCCGAAUUGCCUUGCUUGCUGAACGAUUGCCCUCCUGAUUUGUAUGCCCACCUCGUAGCAACGGUUGAUUCAAAAGACUUUUUGAAUCGGAUCAAAGAAUUCCAGCAGGCAUCAAUUCAUGGAGCCACAAAUGAAUUUCCGUUCAGGGAGGCCACAGGAGCUGAUAUGCAGUCUGCUGAAGUCCUAAUCAAUGUUGGCCAUGGAGAACCCAGUUGGUGGGUAUGGGUUACAGAUGAGAUGGCCCCGAGCAAUGUUGAAGAGUGGAGUGGAAUUGAUGACGAGAAGUAUGUUGUCAUCAGUGAGGAACACGUGGUGGAUGGAGUUGCCAACUUUAUGGCUAGAUGCAUAUUGUCAAACCCAAAAUCUCUGAACUUGACCCCAGAAGAGCUGCAAAACACUUUGUCAAAAGCAUUAGGUGGCGUGAGCAAGAUGGAGAAGGUCUUAAGUAUAUGGCAUGCUGGAACAUUGUUUUAUACUUUAGCCACCUGGGGACUUGCUCUUGCAGGGUUGUAUCGCAGUCGUGCUGUUCUGAAGCUAGCUGCAAGGGGUGUUCACUCGACCAGCAAAGUUGUUAUGAGGGCUCUGUAGAAGUGUUCGCUUUUAUGGCAAGAACAAGAAGAAAUUGUAAUACAUAAUUCCGUCGAUUGGAUUCUGCAUUGUUGCCAGUGUUUCCUGCCGACAUCUUGUCAAUGUAAAUUCAUGUAAAUAGUUUUCGCUUCCAAUAUUCUUCCCCUAUCCUGCUGAAGUAAAAGCUUGGGGGUAAGUUUGUGUGUUCAAGACGCUUUAAUCUUUGGAAUGUAUGAAAUACUCCAUUCUUUAUUCA